GGAUUGAGGAACUAGUAUAGAGGAGGUGAGAUUAUUUCAGUUUUAGGAAAAAAAAUAUUCACGUCGAGUCAAGCUGUAAGCUGUUAAGUGAACUUGUGGACUGUACUGUAAGCAAAUCAAACGCGCAGAGUGACAAGAAAGGAAGCUCUGGUCGUUUCUGUUUAAUACCUUUUGUUGCCAUGAAAGAGUCCCAUUUUAAGGACAACUUUUGGAGUACAGAUUUUAACAGUACUGCUGGAUAUGAUAAUUUAAUUCAACAUCUAAAUGACGGGAAGAAAACAUGCAAAGAAAUAGAAGACUUCAUCAAAGCCAGAGCUACCAUUGAAGAAAAAUAUGGAAAGGAGCUGAUUAACUUGUCAAGGAAAGUCUGUGGUCAAACUGAGCUGAACACAAUGAAGAGAGCCUUGGAUGUCUUCAAACAACAAAUUGAAAAUAUUGGUCAGGCUCAUGCUCAUUUGGCUCAGAGCCUAAGGGAAGAAGCAAAAAGACUUGAGGAUUUUCGGGAAAGGCAAAAAGAUUCAAGGAAAAAGGUAGAACAAUUUAUGGAGUCAUUAUACAAGCAAAAGACCUCUCAGUACAAAAAAACAAUGGAGUCAAAAAAGACAUAUGAACAGAAGUGCAGAGAAAAGGAAGAAGCAGAACAGAAUCUGAAUAGAAACGCUAAUACCAGUAACGUCAAGCAGCAAGAAAAGCUUCAGACGAAAUCUCAACAAACGAAAGCAGCUGCAGAUGAUGCAGACAAAGUUUAUCAGCAGAAUGUAACAUUGAUGGAGAAGGUCAGAGAUGAGUGGCAAAAAGAGCACAUUAAAAGUUGUGAGCACUUUGAAACGCAAGAGGUUGAAAGGAUACACAAUUUGAGGAACAUCAUAUGGACUCAUGUAAAUCAGCUUUCUCAACAGUGUGUUACAAGCGAUGAGUUCUAUGAAGAAGUGCGGAAGUCUCUGGAACAGUGCAGUGUACAAAAAGAUAUUGAAUACUUCAUCGACCUUAGAAGAACCGGUGAAACUCCGCCAGCUCCCAUUCCAUAUGAAAAUUUUUACAAUGGGCAGAGACCUAAUGCUAGUCGAUCUCAAGUUCAAUGUGGGAGAAGAGGCCCUCUUCCCUCUCCAUCAACAACACCAAGUGAUGGAGUGUAUUCCACAGCUGAAGAUCCCUCCUAUAGUCUAGUUCGAUACUAGACAGUGACUGCUCCAUAACCUCACGUGAUAACCAACAAUAGACAAAAUAUGCAAAAUAAAACAGAACUUUUUUAUGAUAUUAUUUAUAUGAUUGGAAAUUAUAUAGCAUUCUUUUGAGAGACAUUUUCUUCUUUAUUUUGUUACAGUGAAAGUGAAAAUAUGCGAAAACUAUUGCCACUAAAGUUAUUUUCACACCUGUCUCUGUUUCUUAUAUAUAAAAUACAAAUAAUAGUAGAGCUACUUGUGCAAAUUAAUGUUACAUCAAUAUUUAUGACAGUAAAAUGUUUUUGAAUCAUUCUGUUCAUAUAUGCGAUUGCAUUUCUGUCUGUAAAUAAAACAGAAAA